UGGAGCGUCGGGGGCGCGCUCGGUAGCGGGGACGGGAGUGUUUGUGUCUCCCUCUGUGUCUCUCUCUGUCUCCGCGUCUCUGCCGCCCGCACGGAGCCGCAGCCUCGGGAACGCACUCGUCACCAACUUGGAAGAAGAAAGUCAACAAAUAGUUUGCGGGACAGAAGGAGAAGGAGAAGGAGAGAAGGAGAGAGAGAAGGAGAGAAAGCAGGAGAGGGAGAAGGAGAGAAGGAGAGGGCAGGAUGACGGCGGGGGAGAGCCGGGCGGAGCGCAGCGUCGACAACAACAAGACCAGUUGUUUAAUCAUCAGCCAACUGAGGGAGAUCACGGGAGUCCACAACAAUCAGCUGCUGCAGAAGGCCAUCCAGAUCAGCGGUGGUGACAUAAACCAGGCGGUGAGCUUCCUCACUGGGGAAAGUGCCAGGGAACCAGAUGAUGGCACGUCAGCCAAUGAAGCCGAGAGUGAGAGUAGCGGAGCCACAGAUAACCAGUCACGGGGCAGUGUCAUCGAUCUGACUGGUGAUGAAAAGGAGGAUCUGCAAAAGGCGAUCGCUCUGAGCCUGAGGGAAAGCGACAAGAAGGAAAGUGGGACCGCUGAGAUUCAGGACCUUGACCAAGCGGGGGAUGUGAGUGGGGGCGAGAGUAAAGCUGGGUUGAAAAGAAGGAGAUGUGAAGCCUGGGGGGAUUCCCCCAACCCACACGAUCGCAAACGGGACGACAAGUGGCCUGUGGGUCUCAAAAAUGUGGGCAACACCUGCUGGUUCAGUGCUGUGAUUCAGUCACUAUUCCAACUGCCUGUGUUCCGUCGUCUUGUACUGAGCUACAAGGUUCCACAAAAUCUACACCAAGCCUGCAGAAGCCACACUGAGCUGCGAAACUUGGCCUUCAUGCAGGAACUGCGCUGCCUGUUUGCAUUGAUGGUCGCCUCCAAACGCAAGUACGCCGAUCCCUCAAGUGCAGUAGAACUCCUGAAAGAUGCAUUUCGAUCGAGUGAAGCACAACAGGAUGUGAGUGAGUUCACGCACAAACUGUUGGAUUGGUUGGAGGAUGCAUUCCAGUUGACAGCGAGUGCCAAAAAUUUACACAAAAAGACUCAAAAUCCAAUGGUGGAACUCUUCUACGGAACAUUUUUGGCUGAAGGCAUUCAUGAUGGCAAGAUGUUCUCCAACAUUGAAACGUUCGGGCAGUAUCCUCUUCAAGUUAAUGGUUUUGACGACCUCCACGAGUGCCUAGAAGGAGCCAUGGUGGUCGGAGAGAUUGAGACUCUGCAUUCUGAUCAGUCGGUCAGAUCUGGCCAAGAGAACUGGUUUACAAAACUGCCUCCUGUAUUGACCUUUGAACUCUCUAGAUUUGAGUUCAAUCAGUCCUUGGGAAGGCCGGAAAAAAUCCACAAGAAACUGGAAUUUCCUGGCAUUGUUUAUAUGGACAGGUACCUACACAAGAACAAGGAGCUUACCCGCAGCAGAAGGGAAGAGGUGAAGAAGCUGAAAGAACAAUCAACGGUCCUCCAGCAGCGAUUGGAGAGAUACCUGAACUAUGGGUCUGGGCGUAGUGGGUUUCCGCUUGCUGAUAUGUUGCAGUACGUCUGGGAGUUUGCCAGCACUAAACCAUCCAUCGUGCCACCAACACAAGACACCGUGGCUACCUCGCUCCCAAAGUCACCGCCCGACACCAGCCUCACACUGCCCGUGCAAACCAGCCUGGCAGAGCUGACUGCCGCUGAGCCCGCUGAAGACACGGGUCCUGUGGGCACAGCCCAGCUACAACGUGCCACUCUACACAAGCCAUUCACACAGAGCAACCCUCCCAUGGAGAUGCCUGCCCACCCUGCACCCAGGAACAUCACUGCACAUGAGCUUGCCUUCCUGGACAACUGCCUUCAGCGCUGGAGAGCUGAGGUGGAGAAUGACAUCACAGAUCUGAAAAACAAGAUCAACGAGAUCAAACAUUCAAUUGACCAGAUGUACACAGACAGUCUCAUGUGUCAGGUUCCUUAUCGGCUUCAUGCCGUGCUUGUACAUGAAGGCCAGGCCUCAGCUGGCCAUUACUGGGCGUACAUCUACGACCAUAGUGAGAACAUGUGGCUGAAGUACAACGACCUCUUGGUGGCCGUGUCGUCCUGGGACGAGCUGCAGAGAGAUUCAUAUGGAGGGUCUCGCAAUGCCAGUGCGUAUUGUCUGAUGUACAUCAAUGAUAACUUGCCCCAACUCAUUGCAGAGGACACAGAUGUGGAAACUGGCCAGAGUUUGAGAUCCAUCCAUACCCUUCCACCAGAACUUGUGGAGUACGUUCGUGAAGACAACCGGCAUUUUAUGCAGGAACUGGAAGAGUGGAAUGAUGAGCAAGUCCGAAAAAUCCCACAGAAGGAACUGGUUGCAAUGUCUGCAGAACAGGAGGCUGGGGGCAGCACUGCAGAAGAAGAGAGCGUUGCCAGCCAGCAGACAACAUGUUGUGCUUCUGCCAAGCAUGCUGUGAUGGUGAAGGAUCAAACUGCCCAGGCCAUUGAGAAAGCUGCAACCUCAUACGAGAAUGUUGGUGCUAAAGCUGCAUUGAAGGAGUCUGAAACAGACCAGGAGACCACGGAAACCAAAGAGAACUCUGAGGCUGAAGCAGAAUGGGAGCCGGAGGCAGAGAUGCUGAGUGGGCUGGAACAGGCGUCCGAAACUGCUGGUACCCAGAUAUCAGAGGUGGACAUUCCAAAUGUGGGGAAGGUGCAGGUUCGCCAUGAUGCUGAUGGCUACAACGAGGAGGAGAUGUUGAGUCCCGCCAUGCAGGGCAUCAUUCUAGCUAUUGCCAAGUGCAGGCCAGUGUAUGAUCAGGAUGGUGCAGAGGCAGGGCUCGUCAAGGCAUUCCAUGAAGAAUACUCCCGCUUGUUUGAUCUGGCAAAGGAUGAGCCGACACCUCAGAACGACCCUCGGCUUCAGCACGUCCUCGUUUACUUCUUCCAGAACGAGGCCUCCAAGCGGGUCAUCGAACGAACUCUGCUGGAACAGUUUGCAGAUAAAAACCUGAGUUAUGAUGAAAGGUCUAUAAGUAUCAUGAAAGUGGCGCAGGCAAAACUAAAUCUGAUCGGCCCAUCAGACAUGGACAUGAAGGAAUACAAGGAAUGGCACGACGACUACAGUUUGUUUCGGAAAGUUUCUGUCUACUUCCUCACUGGACUGGAAUGUUACCAAAAUGGAAAAUGCCGUGAAUCACUAACGUACCUGGUCCACGCAUACCACAGCAACCUGAAGCUGUUGAAGAAUGGGAAGAAACGGGGCGUUGAUGAGACUUUGAUUGGUUACUACAGGAGAAAGUGCCUUUUGGAGCUGAACGCACAUGCUGCACAGUUGUUUGAAAGUGGGAAUGAGAGUGAUGUAGCGGAGGGACUGAGCAUAAUGAAUGACCAAGUCAUUCCAUGCAUGCAUCUGAUAGUCAACCAUGAGCUCUCUGAAGAAGACCUUGGUGCUGUGGAGAUGAUGAGAAACCACUGGUGUUCCUUCCUUGGUGAAGACAUGGAUUCACAUCUGCAGGAGAAACUCACUGAAUUCCUUCCAAGGCUGUUGGACUGUUCUGCAGAAGUUCGAAUCCUUCGAGAGCCCCCAAAGAUCCGGCCAAACUCACCCCACGACCUGUGCAAUAGGUUUGCGGCAGUAAUGGAGUCCAUCCACAGCACAUCACCGGUCACUGUCAAAUAGCUCUGCAACUGGCCGCAGGCAACUGGAAUCUUCAAUACUUGACCCUGUGGUCUUUCAGCACCAAAGCACUUCAGAAUAAUUUAUACUGUAGCUAAUUGUCACGCACUGUAAUCUGUUAUAUCAGGAGUGGGAGAGUGGAGGAAUAGCAUUAGUUACAUGAAAUACAGGGUGCCUUUAUUUUCACCCAACUUUGUAUUUUGUAUUGGUUGUGCAAUAAAAUGCUACUUAUAUUUUAA